UGUCCACACGUGGGAUUGGGGGUGGAACCAUUAGCCUUAGUUCAAAGAACGAGAGUGUCGCAGCCGCUCCGCAGAGGGUGAAGUACAGAGCCUCGCGAGUGACAAAGGUCAGCUAUGGCUACCCUGAUAAAGAAAAUAAUCAGCACCCCAAGGGCACCGGCUGCAAUGGGCCCCUACAGUCAAGCAGUGCUGAUAGACCGGACCAUGUAUAUCGCAGGACAGCUAGGCAUGGAUCCUUCUAGUGGUCAGCUUGUGCCUGGAGGGGCAAAAGAAGAAGCUAAACAGGCACUAAAAAAUAUAGGCGAAAUCCUGAAGGCUGCAGGCUGUGACUACUCCAACGUUGUAAAGACUACUGUGUUGAUGGCUGACAUGAAGGACUUCAGUGAUAUUAAUGAAACCUACAAGCAGUUUUUCAGGAGUAACUUCCCAGCCAGAGCUGCCUAUCAGGUUGUUGCUUUGCCAAAAGAUGCACAAGUUGAGAUUGAAGCUGUAGCCAUCCAAGGACCAAUCCAAGAAGCAUCAGCAUGACUAUAAAUACAAUACUCUAAUACCCUACUAAUUGUGUCUGAGACUUAGACCCUGUUCCUACAAUUGCCUGCCUGUGGGCUCACCCCCAUGGAAAUCAUGGAAGCUCCAUGGAGAUGCACUUUGCAUAGUCAAUUGCAGGAUCUUAUGUUCUCUAAAAUACCAAUUGUGUAAUGAAUUUUGUGCAGGCAGUUCCCUGUGCCCAUGUGUUGCCCCAUUAUUAAUGGGGCUCUGUGCUGGUUUCAGGGUUUGUCUGUGUUCAUUGCAGGACUGGGGCCUUAGUCUGUAGUAGUGGCUGGGUAUUGUUACCUUCCUAAAUGGUUGUUUCAGGUAAGGUUAUCCAAUAAUGAACAAACUCUCAAAAUAUAUGGAGGUAGGGAAUUACAUUGGUGGUAACAUGCAGAACUGACAGCACAGAAAUCCUGCUAGCACUCUAGCUAUAAAUCAUAGACCUGGGUUUUAAUACGUCACUUAAUAUUUUUAUAAUUGAGGUGGAGUUCAUGCAUUUCUAACUAUAGAAAACCUGAUUUGGUGCAGCACAGAGGUGAAAAUAUAUAUUUGGAGAUUCACUUUAUGAACUUUGAACACCUGAAGUGUUGAUUUAGAUCCUGGACCUAUAUAUCUAGACCUGAUUUAUCUUAGAAGUGACUCUUCAGGAAAAAAAACUAACACACACUACUUUGCAGAAGUAUGAGUAACUCAUGUAAAUCAGUUGAAAAUUAAUUUUUUGUUUGAACUUUAGCACAGCUUCAAGUAUCUGAAAGCUUACGAGUAUAAUUUUGAAUUACCUUGUUUAAUUAAAAAUAAUUAGUACCUAUUUUCCCCAAAGCUAGAUCUAAUGGGAAUAAACCAUAAUUGCAUGUAUUAAAUAUGAUGGUCUCUGAUUUUUUUUUUUGGAAUAAAUUCACUUUUUCAUUUAAAAAUAAA